UUUUCGUCUUGAUUGGCGGGACGGUUACCAUGGAAUUAAGUGACGCUCUGCAGUUUGCCGCCCCCAGUUACCCUGGGUACGCGCAUGCGCAGUGCCUUACUGCACGGUGUCCAGAAUGAAGCGGGUCUUUUCAUUGACAGAGAAGGGAUUGCUUGGUCAUCCCAUCCAGUAUGUGUGGCAGAAGACUCUAGGAAAUUACAUUGUAGUUACUGGAGCGGAUCACACCGUGAAAAUCUAUGAUCGCCAUGGCCAGAAGAAGGAUGAAAUUAACUUACCCGGUAUGUGUUACUCUAUGGACUGGGACAAAGAUGGCAGCGCUUUGGCCAUUGUUGCUGAAAAAUCUAGUUCAAUCUACAUGUGGGACUCCAAUACGUGUAAAACAAGCCAGUUAGACAGUGGCAUGAGAGACCAAAUGUCUUUCCUGCUCUGGUCAAAGACUAGUUCAUUACUAGCUGUGGGGACAUCGAAAGGAAACCUGCUGGUUUAUAAUCUGCAAACAUCUAGGAAAGUUCCAGUCCUGGGUAAACACACCAGGCGCAUCACUUGUGGCUGCUGGAGCUCUCAGAAUUUGCUGGCUCUAGGAGGUGAAGAUAAAAUGAUUACCAUCAGUAAUCAGGAAGGGGACACAAUCCGACAGACCUCUGUGCGGAUGGAACCGAGUGACAUUCAGUUCUCAGUGAUGAAGACAGAUGAGCGGGCGUCCCCAGGAGAAAGCACUGUAAGUGUUGUCGUAGGAAAGAAAACCUUGUUCCUAUUCAACCUGAAUGAUCCGGAUAACCCAAUAGAACUGGCCUUCCAGCAGCGCUACGGCUCCAUUGUCUCCCAUCGAUGGUACGGCGAUGGAUACGUCAUGAUUGGCUUCUCUCUUGGAUUCUUUGUGGUGAUUUCCACACACAUGAGUGAGAUUGGUCAGGAGCUCUUCCAGGCCAGUAACCACAAGGACAACCUGACCAGCAUCGCUAUUUCACAGUCACUGAACAAAGCCGCGUCCUGCGGAGACAACAGCAUAAAAAUCCAUGAUCUAACAGAGCUGAAAGAAAUGUACGCCAUCAUUACCCUGGAUGAUGAAACUAAAGGACUAGAUAAACUUUCCUGGACAGACGAUGGUCAGUUAUUGGCUGUAUCCACACAGAGGGGUUCCCUCAAUGUCUUCUUAACCAAACUUCCUAUACUUGGAGAUACUAGUGGUACAAAGAUUGCAUAUCUCACGUCCCUGCUGGAGGUUACAGUGUGCAAUCCCGUGGAAGGGGAACUGCCAAUCACAGUUUCAGUUGAAGUGGAGCCCAAUUUUGUGGCUGUUGGCCCGUAUCAUGUUGCUGUGGGAAUGAACAAUCGUGCCUGGUUCUAUGCUCUGACAGAGAACGGUGUGGAGAGGCUGAAGGACAUGGAAUACCUGGGUACAGUCGCCAGUAUGUGCCUAAAUUCUGACUAUGCAGCUGCUCUGUUUGAGGGAAAAGUGCAGUUGCAUAUGAUUGAAAGCGAGCCUGUAGAAUCUCAAGAAGAGAGGGAGACCCGUCUCUUUCCAUCCACAGAUGAGAAGUAUCGGAUUCUGUGCCAUGCUGUGACGGGAGAUUUCCUCAUUUAUGGCACCAAUACCGGACUAGUGAAGUACUUUUACCUGGAAGAUUGGCAGUAUGUGAAUGAAUAUCGGCAUCCAGUCAGUGUCAAGAAGGUAUUUCCUGAUGCAUCUGGGACUAGAUUGAUCAUCAUUGAUGAGAAGACUGAAGGUUUUGUCUACUGCCCGAAAAAUGACAACUUAUAUGAGAUUCCAAACUUCUCUCCAACCAUUAAAGGAAUAUUAUGGGAAAACUGGGCAAUGGAUAAAGGGGUCUUCUGUGCAUUUGAUGAUGAUAAAGUAUUUACAUAUGUCUUCCAUAAGGACACUAUACAAGGCUCCAAGGUGAUUUUGGCAGGAGGUACCAAACUACCAUACGGCCACAAGCCAGUCCUCUUACAUAAUGGAGAAUUGACUUGUCAGACACAAAGCGGCAUGCUAAACAAUAUAUUCCUGGGCACACAUAGCUUCCUGAGCAACAUGAAAGAGGCAGAAGCCAACGAUCUAAAGAAAAUGUUAACACAGACUUUAAUGCUACGAAGGUUCCCAGACGCCUGGAGUGUGUGCACCUUGUUGAAUACAGAGGAGGCUUGGAAUGAGCUAGCCCGGGCCUGUCUGCACCACAUGGAGGUGGAGUUUGCUGUACGGGUAUAUCGGACCAUCGGCAGUGUGGGCAUGGUGAUGUCCCUGGAACAGAUAAAGGGAAUAGAAGAUCAUAACCUCCUAGCAGGACAUCUUGCCAUGUUCACCAAUGACUUCAACCUUGCUCAGGAUCUCUACUUGGCCUCUAGCAAUCCUAUUUGUGCACUUGAGGUCAGAAGAGACUUGCAGCAUUGGGAUAGCGCUCUACAGCUUGCAAAGCGGCUGGCUCCCAACCAGAUACCAUUUAUAUCAAAGGAGUAUGCCAUACAGCUGGAGUUCACGGGUGACUAUGUAAAUGCUCUUGCCCAUUAUGAGAAAGGAAUGACUGGAGACAGCAUGUAUCAGGAACACGAUGAAACAUGUCUUGCUGGAGUGGCUCGAAUGUCCAUCCGUAUGGGAGACAUCCGGCGCGGGGUUAAUCAGGCUCUCAAACACCCCAGUAGACUACUGAAGAAAGACUGUGGCGCUAUUCUGGAGAGCAUGAAGCAAUUCUCAGAAGCAGCUCAGCUCUACGAGAAGGGCCAGUACUAUGACAAAGCUGCUUCUGUGUACAUCCGAUGUAAAAACUGGGCAAAGGUUGGCGAACUGCUUCCUAAUGUGUCUUCUCCCAAGAUCCACCUGCAGUAUGCCAAAGCAAAGGAGGCAGAUGGGAAAUAUAAAGAGGCCGCCUUGGCUUAUGAGAAUGCAAGAGACUGGGAUAAUGUCAUCCGGAUCUACUUGGACCAUUUAAACAAUCCUGAGAAAGCAGUUGGAAUUGUGAAAGAGACCCAGUCGCUGGAGGGGGCAAAGAUGGUUGCAAGGUUUUUCCUCCGUCUUGGAGAUUAUGGUUCAGCAAUUCAGUUCUUAGUAUUGUCCAAGUGCAACAAUGAAGCAUUCCAGCUGGCCCAGCAGCACAACCAGAUGGAGAUCUACGCUGAUGUUAUAGGAUCUGAGGACACCAGUAAUGAAGAUUAUCAGAGUAUCGCACUUUACUUCGAGGGAGAGAAGAAGCAUUUUCAAGCAGGGAAGUUUUUUUUGCUUUGUGGUCAACAUGCAAGGGCAUUGAAACACUUUUUAAAGUGCUCAACUACUGAAGAAAAUGCAGCCAUAGAAAUGGCAAUCGAUACGGUUGGCCAGGCCAAAGAUGAGAUGCUGACCAAUCAGCUGAUAGACUAUCUAAUGGGUGAAAGUGACGGCAUGCCUAAGGAUGCUAAGUAUUUAUUCCGCUUGUAUAUGGCGCUAAAGCAAUACAGGGAAGCAGCCCGCACAGCCAUCAUCAUAGCCAGGGAGGAGCAGUCUGCAGGUAAUUAUCGAAACGCACAUGACGUGCUCUUCAGUAUGUAUAUGGAACUGAAAACACAGAAGAUCAAGAUUCCUGCAGAAAUGGCUACAAACCUAAUGAUUCUUCACAGCUACAUCUUAGUCAAGAUCCAUGUAAAGCGUGGAGACCACAUGAAAGGAGCCCGUAUGCUGAUACGUGUUGCCAAUAACAUAAGUAAAUUUCCAUCCCACAUAGUCCCGAUCCUGACUUCUACAGUAAUCGAAUGCCAUCGAGCUGGUCUGAAGAACUCUGCGUUCAGCUUUGCAGCCAUGCUGAUGAGGCCUGAAUAUCGUAAUAAAAUAGAUGCAAAGUACAAGAAGAAGAUUGAGGCCAUGGUCAGGCGACCAGACACCUCAGAAGUGGAAGAAGAGACCACACCGUGCCCAUUCUGUGACUUCAAACUCCCAGAGUGUGAGCUUCUCUGUCCAGGCUGCAAGAACAACCUACCGUACUGUGUAGCAACUGGUCGGCAUAUGGUUAAAGACGACUGGUGCAUCUGCCCACAUUGUGAAUUCCCAGCCCUGCAUUCAGAGUUCAAAACACUUUUGGAAUCAGAAAGCAUCUGCCCCAUGUGUUCUGAGAGGGCGACAUCUGCUCAGCUGAAAAAAGUUCUGGACUGUUCUCCAUAUCUCAGGCAGGAGCAGGAGGAUCAGUAACACUGUCAUUUGGCCUUCAUAUCUUUUGACGUUUCACGGAAUUUGCAGCCUUCGUAUGUUUUAGGCACACUGUGUUGUAAUGAGUCCUGUAUAUACUUUUCAAUGAGGAUUUUGUAUUUGUGAGUUACCGAUUAUUAUUAAACCUCAAUAUUUAUAAUAAACAGUUUUUACUGUC